AUGUCGAAAUUUCUGCCGGAAGAUUUAGCUAUUGAGAUACUAGCGAGGUUAUCGGUGAAGGAUAUUGCUCGGUUCAGAUGCGUCAGCAAGACAUGGAGAGAUCUCAUCAACCACCGUGGAUUCGCUCAAAGAUACCGAGACAUUUCUCCGGUGAAGUUCGUGUCGUUUUACGACGAGGGUUUCUACAUGCUUGACGUGGAAGGCAAGCGUCGUCAGGUUAUUACAAACCCUCAUAAGCUCGAUUUCCCUAUGGAGCAGUCGAUGAUCGAUGAAUCGGCGUGUGUGCUUCACUGCGAUGGGAAUUUAUGUGUUACAUUAAAGAAUCACACUUUAAUGGUUUGGAAUACAUCUUCUAAGCAAUUCAAGAUCGUACCAAAUCCCGGUAUAUACCGAGAUUCAAACAUUCUUGGUUUCGGUUAUGACCCGGUUCACGACGAUUACAAAGUCGUAACGUUUCUCGACCGGCUUGAUGCGUCCACGGCGCAUGUUUUCGAGUUUAGAACCGGUUCUUGGAGAGCGAGCCUACGGAUUCCUAAUCCUGAUUGGCAUUACAGAGACAGGAGAGGUACACUAUUGGACCAAUACCUCUAUUGGAUUGCGUACCGGUCUAAUACUGACCGGUUUAUUCUAUGCUUUAAUCUCUCAACCCAUGAAUACCAAAAAAUCCCUUUCCCGGUUAACAACCAAGGCGUGGCGUGUUCAUGGUUAGGCGUUACAUCUCGAAAACUCUGUAUUACAGAGUAUGAAACGUGCAGGAAGGAGAUUGGGAUUUCGGUUAUGGAGAAAACCGGAUCAUGGAACAAGAUUAUAAGCCUUUCAAUGUCUAGUUUCAUCUCUGUUCAAGAUCGUAUCUACGAUUAUCAAGUUGAAUUCGUGUCGUUUGCAAAAAAGAACGAUCUCUUCGUAACAUUGACUGGAUACAACGAUAGUUUCGAGAUGGAACGUACGAAGAAGAUGGUGUUCUUGUACAAAACCAGAGACGAGACAUUUGAACAAGUCCGGCUCUGUAACUCUCUUGCCGGGUUACGGUUUCUCUGCGAAUGUGUGGAGACUCCUAAGAUUACUAAUCGUAUAUUUAUUUGAAAGUAAAAAAUAAUAGUAAAAAAAAAUAAUAAUAAUAAUAAUUAAAAAUAAAAAAUAGUCAGUUGGACGAAGAAAUAAUAUGAUCAAAAUUCAUGCAUAUCUGAUAUAGUGAUAAUUAACUCUGGGUAAAAUAUUCG